UAUGCUGGCUUCCAUUCUCAGUACUUACUGUCAGUGGACUUUCGUCUGUUAAUAUUUAUUAAUACUAAUCUUUGAUCUCUAAAAAUGAAUAAUGCAAUUAGUGUGUCGUCCCUAGAAACGGAGGAUGUGGAGAAACUGUUGGCUGUGAUCGGGGAUGAGGACACUUGCGUGGGCUUCAUGCUGGCCGGAAUAGGGGAAGUCGACGAGAAUCGGGAGGCCAACUUCAUGGUGGUUGAUAAGCGCACAACCCCUGCCCAAAUCGAAGCCUCUUUCAAGAAGUUCCUGGCUCGCCCCGACAUCGCCAUCAUUCUGAUCAGUCAGGAGAACGCGGACUUGAUUCGGCCCAUUGUCGAUGCCCAUCUAUUGGCCGUACCCUCUGUGAUUGAGAUUCCCUCGAAGCAGCAUCCCUACGAUGCCUCCAAGGACUCGAUUCUGAAGCGGGCCCGCGUGAGUAUCAUGUUGCAGGGGACUCUGUCCAGUCUGUACUUAGACCACGGACCCACAGGGCAUUAUGAGUCCGCCCAAGAGGCGCAACUAGCUAACUCAACUUUCGCAAUCAGUUCUGGGAACGCUGUGAGGGGCUAAUGAAGGAUUUGCAUACAUAGUUCUUGCAUGCAUACCAAAUGCCGAUGCUACAAAGUCGAUUGAAGAGAAAAUAAAGUUCACACACAUCGAUACACACCCAA